AAGAAAGAAUAAAACAAAAGACUACGUUAAAAUGACGAAAUUGUAUUGGCCAUAUUGUGCAUGUAACUCUCGUUAUGGUAAACGUUUAUCAUCUAUGUUAUUUGUACUUUGUUAACAAGUGUAAUAAUAUCAGAAUAAUAUGCCAAAAUGUUUGUUAAGAUCUAUGGCAAGAUAUCAGAAGACUCAAGAUUCUUGCGAAGAGGAUAUAGAUUUAAAAUGGAUUCCACCAUCUGUGGAUUUAAAACGACAAAAACGUACUCAAGAAGUUAAUAACAAUUUUACCAACAAUGUUUGGAUGUGUUCCGGACUUCCUAUAGUAACACGAUAUACAUUUAAAAAGAAUAAUGAUUCAUUAUGGAAAUUAAAACCUUUGGAUGACUCAAAUUCCCAUGAAAAUUUAUUCUUCAAAAAUGAAACGUUAUCAGUUGGCUACAAUUUCUACGAUAUUAAUUCUAACGAAGGUACUUCGUUGAAUCAAACUGAAGAAAUUCAAACUGUACAAUCUAACAUUGACGAAUCAAAUUUUACGGCGUAUCAACGGGGGAACGAGGAAAAGAUCAUUUGUCGAGAUGUUAAAUUUAACGAAAGUACAAAAGAGCGGGAAAUUCAAACGAUACCGCAAACCUUAUUUCUAACCAAUAUCGCUACUCCUAGUACAAGUACUAGUACUACUUCUACUACUACUACUACAACUACGACCAAAAAAUUAACGAAGGAAGAUAAAAUGUUACCUGAUAUCGAUAACCAUUCAAAUUGGAAAAAAAAUAAAACGAUGCAUUAUUGUCCAUAUUGUCAAAAAUGUUUUGACAGGCCGUGGGUUUUGAAAGGACAUUUGAGACUUCAUACUGGAGAACGGCCUUUCGAGUGUCCAGUUUGUCACAAAUCUUUUGCCGAUCGAUCAAAUUUACGAGCUCAUCAAAGAACAAGAAAUCAUCAUCAAUGGCAAUGGCGCUGCGGUGUAUGCUUUAAAGCAUUUUCACAAAGACGAUAUUUAGAACGCCAUUGUCCUGAAGCUUGUAGAAAAUAUCGUAUAACUCAGAGAAGAGAACAAUUUAAUUAAAGAUUCAUUAAUGAGAUAUCUUUUAAUAUUUUUCGUCGUAAAAAAAAGGUUAUGUACUAAUACAAGUUAUAGUUUUGUCAUUUGGUUUUUGCUUUUUAACUUUUCUUUUUCAUUUAUUUCAAUAAUAAGUUGAUUUUAAAUUUUAUUCGAAUGAAUGUUUAAAGAAAAAUAAAAAAAAAAAAAUGUUAUAUUCUAUUUACCGAAUUUGUUCGUGUAAAGUUGACUAAAUAUUCUUGGUACAUUUUUAAGUGUAAUGAUAUGCGCAUGCGCUUUCGCAAGAACUGUUUAUUUAAGAAAGAAUAGUU